GAAUUAUUUUAGCGUUCGCCGCGAAAGGUCACGUUUGUCCGCGCUCCAACUGUUUUAUCGCACACCGCAGUGGUUAUUGCCGGAAUUAGUGAAGUGCACUAGUGUGGUAGAGCGUAGAAACAGUGCCAACGGUAUAUUAGUGUGUGCAGUGAAGAAGAGUGCUAAUUAAGUGGAAGUGUCGCAGUGGGAAACGAAUACGAAUCCAAUCGAUCGAUCGAUCGGGCCCGGUAAAGUGAGCUAGCAGGCAGGGAAGCGAAAGAGCUGCUGCCAUCCACAGCUCGACACUAAUCGAAGCAACCAACGGAAACGGUUGGUGGCCUUCAGCUUCAGUGUUUGCGUGUGUGGUUGUUUGUUUGUCGCCAGGAGUUAUAGUGGCUUCCAUAGUGUAGUGGCGUCCGCGUGUGUUUGAAAGGAGAAAAUACCUGUCAAGGAUUACAGAGAGGAGAGAGCAGGAGUGUGAGAGGGAGAGAGAAAGGAGUACGGUGUCCGGUGGACGGAUACAUAUUUCAACAGCAAACAACGCAACAAUCGACCCAGGAAGUAGCCGUUUUGUCAUCAUAUUCUUCUGCGCCUCCGGAAUUUGGAAACAUCAUUAAUCCAAAGAACUGUGUGGCUUCUACAUUUCCAAUCGAACAGAGUAGUCCAGUUGCAUACCAACCAAACCAUGGCGAACGUACGAUGGCAGCACAGCAACAGUAGCCGGCGAAACGCCAUCAUCGGUGCCAGUGCAUACGCAUUUUCCAUCGUCGUCCUAGCGCUACUCCUGACGCCGCAGUCCAUCGAUGCAUCCCCGAACAGCGUAUUCAAGGUGCUAGUGAUCGGUACCAGCACACAGUCCGUUACCUCGAGCACGCUGGCCUGGGAGAAGUUUACCGGUGCCGAGGCACACCUACAGUACGCCGUACCAUCCUACAAACCGGAACCACGAUCUAAGGAAAGUCUCGAGGGGGAACUACACACACCGAGCUACAUCUGCCGGGUGGAAAUCGAAGGUACGUACACUGUGGGCCAAACGGUGACCGAGCAAGCGGACGAUGGUAGCAGGAAAACGAUCUGCAUCGUAGCACCCCAGGAGUCGGAGAUACGGCGUCACCAUGCGCACGAAAUACUGAUCAACAUGGGAGGCGGUGGAAAGCUUAAGUGGCAACAUUGGACCCGCUACCAUGCCGCCGGUAUCUUCGGGGGUGCCGUCAGCGUUGGCACGGGCAAGCAUUCGGAUUACUACAUCGCACGCAUCAAGUCGAGACAUGGCGAAGGACAGCAUCAGCACGGACCAUCCUAUAUCGUGGGUAACUUUGAUCCAACCAUUCGCCUCGUCGGACGUAUCCAUGCACCGUCGGCAGGUUCCAAGACGAGCACGGAACACGACAGUGGUGAGAUUCUGGUGGAAAUCGAACCGGCCAACUACGAGCUGCGCAACAUCAAGCUGAACAAGCUGCGAUCGAUCAUCAAGAAGAACACGACCGUUCUGGGCUCUACGAUCCUUUCGAACACGGACGACAAGACGAGCCAGGCGGAAACGGUCAUUACGUACGAUUACACGAAGGAGAAAUACUACGGCAAACAUGAGGGUGUGGUGCAGAGUCUGCCCACUCGCGUAUACGAUACCGCCGGUCAAUCCUUCAACAUCACCUGGGGUAUCAAGAGUUCCGAGCGUCGCUUUGAGACGAAAGCUGUCAAUACGAUGCUGGAUCCGGGUACCGCCAUCAACGUGACGCUAUACGGUAACUACACCGAGCUGGAAGCCCCGUACACGGCCAUCCUGAAGGCGUACUACGACGACAACAGUGAUCCCGUCAGCCGAUCCUUGAGCGCUAUCUUGGUUAGCCGCGAUAUGGAAGAUGUAAAGAUUGAAUUCAGCCCCGUGUACUGGAUACAGAAUGGAACACUGGUCCCAACGACGACCACCACCACGACGACCACCACUACCACCACCACUACGACGACGUCCACAACCGAGCGGACAACGAGCUUACGCCCGACGCCGAUCAACAGUACACCGACCGAAGGUGGCGUCAUUGAUGAUGAUGGCAUGAGCAACGAGAUCGGCCAUGUACCAGCGAGCAGCCGCGAGCUCGAUGCGUCCCUCACGAGUCGGAGCAAUGAGAAGUUCGAAGGAUCGUUGGAUGUAUCGAGCCGUAGUUCGGCCACCGGAUCUGACGGCAGUCCAGCCGACAGUGUGCGGCCACUGGCGAGUAUAUCGUUGGUGCUGGCUGCAUUCCUUCCGGCAACCGUUUACCUUUGCCACCGGAUCUAAGUCCAGAAUAUGCCCCUCUUACCUUUCUCUCUCUCUCUGCUCUCUCUCUUACUCCCGAUCUAUGCUUUCCCUAUCAACGAUCACCAACAUCUCCUUUCCGAGUCAGUAUCUCUCUCUCUCUCUUUCUGUCCCUCUUGUUAGCUCUUUCCCUGAUAGCGGACAAGCGGAUGUGUUUCCUGCAAAUCCGUUAUCCAACCACAGCAUCCGCCUUUCAUCCCAAUGGAAUAUGUUUUCGCUUCAAAACACGAGAAACAAUUUGUUUUUAGUACGUAAGCCAGUCACGCUAAGGAUGUACUACGAUUCUACGAUUAAGGCUUGCCGGGUGAGUUAGCGUCCCCGCACCCCACCCGCACCUGUUGUCAUAAUUUCCCGCUGCAAAUAGGUAUCGCUGUGGGCUAAGCAUGAUAAAAGAAUGGCGCUUCACCGCAGUACGCAUAAAGAAGCAGAGAAGUGCAUGCAUGUUUUGAACGCAAAACGAACGCUUCUAGAAUGGUAAAGAUGACGACGAUGAUGUCGAAGAUGAAGAUGAUUCCGUACCAAAAGUCCGUAGAAGCAACGAUACAAGAACGAAAGAAUCUGUCUGCGAUCGCGCGCGCCCACACACCUUGUUCCCCCGCCCCUCAGCCCCGUCGUUAGAGAGCAUUAAGCAACUAAGAGUAGCCAGUAAGGUCCUGUAUGAUUGAUUCGAUGCAACGUGCCACCGGAGCGGUGCGCGCAAUAAGCGUUGCGGUGUAAGUAUAAUGUGUAGCAGUUAAUUAAUUUACUUCAAAGUAUCUGUGUACAUAUAGACGAAGAAUCUGAUGCGCCUGCGCCUUCUUGUAUCCUCCUCGCCCCUAGAACAACCUCGAUUUGAUUAAGCAGGUAACGGAUCAUUCAUACGCCCCACCCGCCAGACUCGUCGCGUGGCCUUGUGUGUUAGCUUUCCUAAAAACACAAACUCAUCUACCAUAUUACACACCUACCCUAUCAUGUCCCAGCUUAAGCCAAGAGGAAGAAAGUACUCACGUCAGAGCGUUGUACAUUCCGGAUCCGCGGUAUAGAAGGUGAUGCGAUGAAUAGUGUUGUGCAAAACCGAAUGCGUUGUGAGCAGUGGCAGGCCAAGUGGUUGGGAAAAUCGAAUUCUAAAUUAUACAAUCUUGAUGAAACUAUAAACAAGAACCCCAUUAAGCAAGCAUAACACUAGAGGCCAACCCUCUACACACUUUUUUGUGGACAACCACACUCUAUCUCUCUGUUCACUGUCUUUCAACCCUGAGCCGAUAAAUGAUGUGUAGGGUGGGAAGGCGGAGGAUACGGAUUUGAUGGUUUCUGUUUGCAAACUUAGAACAACUGUACGACACACCAGUAAUACAAGGCUGUACCAACAGCGCAACAAAUUGAACAGAAUCCUAGAAGCUGGAACAAAUUGGAGUCUCAAUGCAGUGCUCUCCGUGAGCGAGACCUAUUGAUUUGGUUAUUUAUUGUAACUUUGUACUAGGUUUAAGAAGAAUGCAGAAUUACAUUUUUAUCUCAAUAAAACUCAAUGCCUGAAUCAUCAACA